GGGAGGGGGGUGGGGGGCAGACAGCGAGAGAGCACGAGGGAGAGAGCAAUGCACACAGAGAUAUCUUGAGUUAAGCGAACAAACGGCAUCUUUGUUCACUGGGGGAGAGCGAUGGCACUGUGGAUGGAGGUUCCUCUGGAAGUUGGAUUGUGCAGCGAUGGUCUCACACACACAUGAACGCCUGGAAACCCAACCGUUGAAAAGGACGGGAGCUCCAGUUACAGGGGAGAGCCGGUCUGGGGCGGGAGAGCGGGGGAGAGGGGGAGAGGGGGAGAGAGGGGGAGACACACCCCAUCUCUCGGACCAUUCCACCAGCGCUGAAGAUGUCCGGAGCUGCGGUGCGGGAGGAGGGACGCAGUGUCGGUGCGGAUGGGACAGUGGGAGCCACACACUCGCAGCUGCCGAGGCUGUGAAGGUCUAAUCUGGACAUUGGCUGCCCACACACCUCUCUAACGGGACUACCAUGGAAAAGUUCACGUUCGCCUUUCUGCUGGUAGGAAGCUUAGCAGCCGGGUCCGAAGCCUGCCCUUUCCACUGCACUUGCCAGAACCUGUCUGAGUCGCUGAGCACUCUGUGCGCUAACAAGGGGCUGCUCUUCAUCCCAAUAAACAUCGACCGGAGGACCGUGGAGCUCCGACUGGCUGACAACUUCCUGCGGGUGAUCGCCCAGCCUGACUUCCUCAACAUGUCGGGUCUGGUGGACCUGACACUGUCCAGAAACAUCAUCAGCCUGGAGCCCUUCGCCUUCGGGGACCUGGAGAGCUUGCGCUCGCUCCACCUGGACAGCAACCGGCUGAUCAGGAUCCACGAGGACAGCCUUCGGGGGCUAAUAAACCUCCAGCACCUGAUCAUCAACAACAACCAGCUGAUCAACAUCGCCCUGUCGGCCUUCGACGACUUUGUGGUGACCCUCGAGGACUUGGACCUUUCCUUCAACAACCUGCAGCGCGUGCCGUGGGAGGCCAUCCAGAGCAUGGUCAACCUGCACAUGCUCAACCUGGACCACAACCUGAUCGACUACAUCAUGGCCGACACGUUUGCGGAGCUAUUUAAGCUGGCUCGCCUGGACAUGACAUCUAACAGGCUGCAGACUCUGCCCCCAGACUCUCUGUUCUCCCGCUCCCAGACUGGAGUUAUAAAUCCCACCCCGUACACCUCUAUCAUUAUCCUGAACUUCGGGGGGAACCCUCUGCACUGCAACUGUGAGCUGCUGUGGUUGAGACGCCUGGUGCGAGAGGACGACAUGGAGACGUGUGCCUCCCCUGCUCACCUGGCCGGCAGGUAUUUCUGGUCUAUCCCCGAGGAGGAGUUUAUCUGUGAGCCUCCUCUCAUCACCAGACACACACACAAGGUGUGGAUCCUGGAGGGGCAGCGAGCUACGUUAAAGUGCCGAGCCAUCGGGGAUCCCGAACCCAUUAUCCACUGGGUCUCGCCCGAGGAUAAGAUCGUGUCUAACUCCUCCAGGAUAGUGUCCUACAGGAACGGCACGCUCGAUAUCCUGGUCACCACCAUGAGAGAAGACGGAGUCUACACUUGCUUUGCCACCAACGCGGCUGGUGAAUCGACGGCACUGGCAGACUUGAAGAUCAUCCCCCUCCCUCACCGCGGCAACGGGACCCUACAGAUCCUGCACCACGAUCCGGGCUCCUCGGACAUCAGCACCUCCACUAAACCCGUGACCAACAGCACAGGCAGGAGCAGGCCCCGGGACAAGACGGUGUCUGUGACUGACGUGACCGGCACCACAGCUCUCAUUCGCUGGGCACAGAGCAAGUCUCCCCACAUCGUGUGGAUGUACCAAAUCCAGUACAACUGCUCCAUCGAUGAGACACUUGUGUACAGAAUCAUCUCGUCGAAGAGCAAGGCUUUUAUCUUGAAGAACCUCAUCUCAGGUGUGGACUAUGACCUCUGUAUCCUGGCCAUCUACGACGAUUCGGUGACGCAGCUGGCAGCCACCAAGGUGGUGGGCUGCAUCCAGUUCAGCACCCACGAGGAGUACCCCCACUGCCACCUACUGCACGCCCACUUCCUGGGGGGCACACUGACUGUCAUCGUGGGGGGCAUCAUCGUGGUCACGCUGCUGGUCUUCACCGUGAUCAUGAUGGUCAAGUACAAGGUAUGUGGCAGUGCCCGCUGUGAGGUGCCCAAGCUCACCGAUGUGUACUCACAAACCAACGGCAGCCAGACCACGGUGCCCAAUGGGAUGGUGUCCGCCCAGAGGAUUACAGUGCUCAACACCAGAGGGCAGCCGACAGGCGGAGUGCCAGUGCCAGACCUCUCCUCUGCCAACCUGCCUCGCCAGGAGUCUCGCAAAGCGCCACCGUACAGCGCCAAGACUCAGAGAAAAAGGUAUAAGUGCAAGCAGAGGGGCGAGGGGGAUGGCGAGCUGGCCACACUGGGCUGUCAGGGGGGAGAGGGUCCUGGUGAGAGAACCGCGUUGGCCAAGCAGCCCUGCCCCCAAUCCUCGGAGAUGCCCAAAACCAAGCGCAGCUGCUCGUUUGACAUGGGGGACAUUGGUGCCACCACCUGCUACAGCUACGCCAAGCGCUUUAGCGUGAUCUGGACUAGACGUAGCCAGUCGGUUCAUGGCAUGUUAGUGCAGUAUGCCACCGAGGGAGAAGUCAUGGGGAAAAAGAAAACCUUCUACAAUUCUGACGAGCUGGAGGAGAGCAUAGUCUGAGAGGAACUGAGAACAUGGGACAAGGAUCCUCGCACUGGAUACAGCGCCUUAUCACGUCUUUGAGACGUCGCAAAGCGCUUCACAGGA